AUGAAUAUUGAACGGGAAUUUCCUUUACAUGUGGCUAUUUGGAAUAACGAUACAGAGAAAUUAGCAGAAGUACUUCGAGAAAACAAAGAUCGAAUUGAACAACUUGAUCCUCGUCAUCGAACUCCGCUGCAGCUAGCUGUGUGCUUAGGUCAUGUGGAAGCUGCACGGUUACUAGCACAGAAUGAUGCAGAUUGCAAUGUGGUUUCUAAAGAUGGAUGGAAUCUGUUACAAGAAGCGAUAGCAAAUGGUAAUCCGUCGUUAGUGAAAUUAAUCAUGAAAUAUCGAAAUUACCAAAGAAAUAUUCAGCGUAUUCGUGGUAUACCAGAAUUGUUACGAAAAUUGAAAGAGUCGCCAGAUUUUUAUGUGGAAAUGAAAUGGGAAUUUUCUAGUUGGGUUCCUCUAGUCUCGAAACUGUGUCCAAAUGACACGUAUAAGAUAUAUAAAAGCGGUCCAAAUGUACGUGUUGAUACAACAUUACUCGGUAUUGAAGGUACCAAUUGGCAACGAGGCAAUAGAACGUUCAUUUUUUCACUGCUGGCGGACUGUGCGAAGAUGAUUGAUAUCGAUCAUGAGACGAGAUCAGCCUUUAGUGAAAAUUUGAGUAUCCCAGGCGAAGAAGCUAUCCUACUCGAACCAAAUAUGGAUCAAAUCGAAGGAAAACUGAUGUCACCAAGCAUGACAGUUUAUCUCGAUGUCGAUAAAAUUGAAUUCGAACGAAGCAAAUCAGGUGUAUGGGGAAUGCGUAAUGAGAAGAGCGAAAGUAUCAACGGUUAUCAGUGUAAAGUCUAUACUGCAAAUAAUUUCGAACUUGUCACACGAACACGUAUUGAACAUAUGUCACCUGAUGAUCGAAAAGCAUAUGAAGCUGGACACGGAUCUAACAGAAACUUUCUUGGAGGAGUUUUUAAUUUUCUCGAAUCAUCAGCAUCAUCGUCAAGAACAACGGCAACAUCCGCAGCUGCAGCAACGAACCCAACGACUUCAAAACUAUCAAAUGAUUCAAUUAAACAUGUUGAUCAAACGCCUGUGACAUUUGAAGAAUAUUUUAAUAGCCGUGCUGAAUUGAAAAAUCGAGACAUCGGCCGACCACGAGAAGAAAAUACCAAAGUUCAAACAUUCAAUGCUCAAAUAUCUCUUUGUGAUGAUUAUCCACUUAGUCUUCAGGAACAAAUCCUACCUAUCAUUGAUCUAAUGGCUAUAAGCAACUCGCACUUCAAAAAGCUACGCGACUUCGUCACGCUUCAACUCCCAAAUGGUUUUCCUGUUAAAGUUCAAAUUCCUCUCUAUCAUGUUCUAACGGCGAAAGUCACUUUCGGUAAUAUUCAUGGUAGUGACAAAAGUGUCGAGGGUGUGUCAACUAUAAAAGAGAAUUCGAAUUCGUUCUGUGCUGUUGAUGAGAAUAUCUUUGCCAUACCAUCAGGAUAUCGUCGUCAAGGCGAAGGUGAAGGUUAUCAUCCAAUGAUGUAUAUGGAUGACGAUGCUCUAUUACAAAUGGCAAUUGAAAGAAGCCUUCUCGAUUCGAAUGAACCGCCCACAAAUAAUGAUCAAGGUGUUUCUGCUGAUCAAGUAACAUUGUAUGAGGCACUGGGUCACCCAGGAAACCGGCCCAAUCGAACAGAGGUGGACAAUCGUUAUGUAGAUUAUGAUUUACAACGUGCGUUGGAAGCUAGUUUACUUGCAUCGGGUUUGAGUGAACCAGAAAUGGAAGAAGUUCGGAAGCAAAGUCGAGCGCAAUUAAGUGCGGAGGGCGCACCUGAAGAUUUGUCUGCUGUUAUGGAAUUGUCAAAACGUGAAGAAGAAGCUCGACUUAUCCGAAUACGCGAAGAAGAAGAAGAACUUGAAAAAGUAUAUAUCUAA